AUGGCUGAUCGUGCUGGUUUUGCCGGUGGAUUUGGAGCUGGCGCUCCUGCUCCAGCUGGAGGUGCUGCUCCAGCCGGUGGACGAAGUGGUCCAGGAGGUCGCGGAGGGCCAGGAGGCCGCGGACGCGGUGGUCCCCGCGGACCCCGCCGUGGUGGCCGUGGAGGUCGCGAAGAAGGUGGGUGGACUCCCGUCACCAAACUCGGACGGUUGGUCAAAGAGGGAAAGAUUACUUCCAUCGAAGAAAUUUACCUUCACUCCCUUCCUAUUAAGGUAAUUUUUAAUUUGAAUGAGAUGAUUUUGUGUUUAGGAGUUCGAGAUCAUCGACCAUUUGCUCUCCGGAUUGAAAGACGAGGUCCUCAAGAUCACCCCUGUGCAGAAGCAGACCCGCGCUGGUCAACGUACUCGCUUCAAGGCUUUUGUCGCCAUUGGAGACAACGAUGGACAUGUUGGAUUGGGAGUUAAAUGCUCCAAGGAAGUCGCCACCGCUAUUCGCGGAGCCAUCGUCGCCGCCAAGCUCUCCAUUGUCCCUGUCCGAAGGGGAUACUGGGGAUCCAAGAUGGGAAAACCCCACACUGUCCCUUGCAAGGUAAGAUAAGAAACGUGGAUUCACUUUUUUGGGCAAUGUAUACGUACACUAUUUUUCCUUCAGGUUACCGGAAAAUGUGCCUCCGUCCUUGUUCGCCUCAUCCCCGCCCCCCGUGGAACCGGUAUUGUCGGUGCUCCCAUCCCAAAGAAACUGCUCGGUAUGGCCGGUAUCGAAGAUUGUUACACCAGUGCCGUUGGACAGACCGCCACUCUCGGAAACUUUGCCAAGGCUACCUACUACGCCAUCCAGCGUACAUACUCCUACCUUACCCCUGACCUCUGGAACGAGAACGCCCUCGAGAAGUCCCCCUACCAAGUCCACCACGAGUUCAUCACCCAGAAGGCAGUCCGUCAUUAA